CAGGGGGCUGCGUGGCUGUCAGAGCUGAUCUGCCCGGGCCUGCUGGGGGCAGGGAUCAGGGCAUGUCACGGGCAGAGCUGGCCUGGCAGGUUAUGAACGCUUGUCUCACGCCCGCCCCGGCAGAAGUGAGUCCAAUAAAAGAGAUUCCCGCAUCCACCUUGUCUCUCAAAUCCCCCGCAGGUAAACAAAGCCUGCGGCCCUUACAGCAGCGCAGCUGGAUCGCAACAGCCCGGCCACUGUAAGGUCUCCCCUGUCGCUAGCCACUCUUUGCUCUCCUGCCGGCAUAAUUAAACCACCCCCAACGAGCCGCCUUAGCUCUGUCCGCAGGAGAGCGUCUCCUGCCGACAUAGCGCUGGCCACACCAGGACUUGUUGGUGAAACUUAUGUCGGUUUUUGCACACCCCUGACUGAUAAGUUUGACCGACAAAAAGUGCCAAUGCUGACAAAGCUUAAGGCCUUGUCUACACUAAAGGGAAAAGUCGAUCUAAGCUACGCAAUAUGAGUUACAUGAAUAGCAUAACUCAAAUUGACGUAGCUUAGAGCUACUUACCGCAGGGUGCAUGCUACACAACCUCAAUGGAAGACACUCUCCUGUGGCCUCCCCUUACUCUUCUCGAUCAAGUGGAGUAUAGAAGUAGAUGCAGCAAAGAGUAGUCCUGUGGCACCUUAUAGACUAACAGACGUAUUGGAGCAUGAGCUUUCAUGGGUGAAUACCCACUUCAUCAGAUGCAUCUGCUUUUACAGAUCCAGACUAACACGGCUACCCCUCUGAUACUAGAAGUAGAUGGAAGAGCAAUCAGCAGUCAAUUUAGCGGGUCUUCAUUAGACCCACUAAAUCGACCGCUGAUGCAUCGAUCGCCGCCGUUAAGUGUAGACAAGCCCUCAGUGUCAUCCACAGCUCUCCUCCCCUAUUCCACUGAAUGCAUUGCAUUGGCCAGCUUCAUAGGUAGCAUAUGUAUCUGGAUACACAUGUUGUUAAGGUUGUGUCCCAGCCAAUAAAAAAGCCUGCAAAUCUUAUGUAGACUUAGGCAUUUGUAUAGGUUUAUGUGCAUGAGUAGGCCUGUGGACUUUAGUGGGAAUGUGCAUAAACCUAUGCUGUGCUGAAAUCAUUGCAGAAUUGGGGCCAAGGAAGCAUGCUGUCUAAUGCAGGCCCUUUGUUUUCCCACUCUUUGAGUAUUUUAGGGAUAUUUACAUAGGUCAAUUUGCUCAAAUAAAGUAGUGCCAAAGGAAAAAGGAUGAACAUAGAAAAUGUGACCAAGGAAACAGUCCUUAUUACAGGAGGAGGUGGUUACUUUGGUUUCCGUUUAGGUUGUGCCCUAUACAAAAAAGGAGUUGACGUGAUUCUCUUUGAUGUCCUGAAGCCGGUCCAAGCUGUGCCAGAGGGAGUGAAGUUCAUACAGGGGGAUGUCUGCUGUCUCUCUGAAGUGGAAAAAGCUCUCAGAGAUGUAAUCUGUGUAUUCCAUAUUGCUUCCUAUGGAAUGUCUGGCAGGGAGCAGCUGAACCGAAAACUUAUAGAAGAUGUUAAUGUGAGAGGAACAGAAAAUAUCAUCCAGGCUUGCAGGAAAGCAGGAGUGCCAAGUCUGGUUUAUACAAGUACAUACAAUGUAGUCUUUGGGGGCCAAGUUAUAGAAAAUGGGGAUGAAUCUCUGCCUUAUCUACCACUUCACCUUCAUCCUGAUCACUACUCCCGGACCAAGUCUUUAGCUGAGAUGAAAGUGCUGCAGGCAAAUGACACAGAGCUUGGAGAAGGGAAAGGUGUGUUAAGGACCUGUGCUCUCCGACCAGCGGGCAUCUAUGGGCCCGGAGAGCAAAGGCAUCUUCCAAGAAUAGUUAGCUACGUUGAAAGGGGAUUGUUUAAAUUUGUAUAUGGAGACCCUCUGAGUUUAGUGGAAUUUGUCCAUGUAGAUAACCUAGUUCAGGCUCAUAUCCUUGCUUCAGAGGCACUCAAUGCCACCACCCGGCACAUAGCUGCUGGCCAAGCUUACUUCAUUUCAGAUGGCAGGCCAAUAAACAACUUUGAAUUUUUCCGACCUUUAGUUGAAGGCUUGGGUUACCAAUUCCCAACCAUUCGUCUUCCUCUCUCCUUUGUAUAUUUUUCUGCAUUCCUAACUGAAAUGGUCCAUUUUCUUGUAGGCCGUCUUUAUAAUUUUCAGCCUCUUCUCACGCGCACCGAGGUUUACAAAACGGGUGUCACACAUUAUUUCAGCAUGGAAAAGGCCAGGAAAGAGCUAGGGUACAAACCUGAGCAGUUUAGUCUGACAGAAGUAGUUGAGUGGUUUAAAUCCCAGGGACAUGGAAGAAAGCUCAGAAUCUAUACUGUAAAACAUCUGAUUAGGGAUGGAGGGUUGAUCUUGCUGUUGGCCGCAGUGGUGCUCUCAUGGCUUCCAGCAGCAGUAACACUCUCUGUUUGAAAGAUGUUGAACAUUGAACUUGGGCUCUUUUUAUAGGGUGAUAAAAUAUGCAAAGUACUUGAAAAUUAAAAUAAAAUUAGAUCCCACUGUGUUCUCUUU